AUGCAUAGCAUCGCCCUUCUUGCUCAGCAUGGGUGGUGGGUCAAUGCUGUUGUGACAUCAGGGGGCCAGUUGGAAGAGCAUGCGCAACGUCUGGUUCAAACCUUCGUCCACGACGGGGAAGGCGACUGUAUCAUGUUCUUGAGGGGUUCAAUCCUCCCACCGGAAGAAAUCGCAACCGCCCCCUCUGCCUUCCGUGACGCUAGCGAAACCCCUCCCGAUGCUGACUUGAUGGCCAUGAUUAAGGAACAGAUCGAAGCCUUCAACGCCAAGAACAAGAAGGAGCCCGAGGAGGAGCGUUGGGUGCAGGGCCCAUUGAUUCCCAUGCCAGUUCUUGCUGAGGGCCAAACACUGGUGGUUCGAAUCAGAGCUUCAGGCGAUACUGAAGACACUGUUCUUCGUAUCAAGGCAGUGGCCAAGAAGGAUCAGAAGGAUGGCGGCGCCAAGAAGGACAAGCAGGAUGACGGCAGCAAGAAGGACAAGCAAGAUGACGGCAGCAAGAAGGACGUCAACAAGCCCUUCAAACAAGCUUUGCAUCCCUUCAUCCGGCCUGGUGAGGCCUCAAGCUCUGAUUCUGGCUCGGACGAUGAUGAUGAGGUUAUGGAAAUGCCUCCACCCGCCCCUCGCAAGAUUGAUGCCGUUGACUUGACCAAUGUCGACACUACUGAUGAUGACGAGGAGGAGAGGAUAGCGAUGACGAGGAGGACGCGAUAGCGAUGAAGA